AUGGGAGAAAGACCAUUAUCGUCGGCUCCAAUGCUCAACUUUACUGAAGAAGAUGUCCUCGGGACAAUGCCGGAGCCACUCUGUACCCAUGGGAUUAACAGACUAGAUCAAAAGAUAUUGUUUUCCGUUGUAAAUGUUCCACUGUCACUAAGUGCAGUUUUGGGAAAUGCUCUGGUUAUGAUUGCUCUUUAUGAAGUGACCACCCUUCGUCCUCCAUAUAAACUACUGCUGAGCUGUCUGGCGAGUACGGACCUGUGUGUGGGUCUCACGACUCAACCAUUAUUCACUGUCCUGCUGUGGACCCAGGAACACUCAACUCCGUGUUUUAUGCUAAAGCUCAUCGCUCACAUCAUGGCAACAAUCUUUGGAGGGGUGUCGCUGGCCACACUCAGUGCGAUCAGCAUAGACCGACUCGUAGCUCUUCUGUUGGGUGUGCGAUACAGGCAAGUUGUAACUUUGAGAAAAGUGCAGAUCUGUGUUACCUCAUUUUGGUUCUUGGGUGUUGCAAUUGCUAUUUUGUACUUUUACCAUUUCCUUCUCCCUCUGGUCAUCACUGCUAUAUUAAUGCUGCUUUUCAUAGUAUCAUCAACGUUCUGUUACUCAAAAAUUUAUUGCACUCUAAGCAAAGUGAAAAAUGAUAUCUACCCGGGAGAACCGAGGAGAAUUUCAGUCCAUUGCCCACAGUUUACGGGGCGAUACAGAAAAACAGUAUCAAGCACAUUAUGUAUCCAAGUUUCAUUGGUAUUGUGUUAUCUUCCAUACGGAACGCUCGUUAUCGUUUUUGCAAUCACUGGAAUACAGUCGCCAUCUUUGAACUUUGCAUGGGCCGUCGCAGUAACUUUGGUUUUCUUUAACUCAACUUUAAAUCCAUUUCUUUAUUGUUGGAAAAACAGAGAAGUGAAACAAGCAGUGAAGGAAAAGAUAAGCCAUAUGUGCUUCUUCACACGCUAAGUGUCGGGCAAAACCAUCGAAAGCAAAUAUUUUCAGCCUAUAUUUCAGGCCCCAUUCAAACCAGCUUAAAGCUGAACUGGGCCAUAAACACCGCUAGUAAAUAAAUGAAUAGAGAAAGAAGUAUAUUCCUUGCAUGAUAAAAGUUUCCAAACGUUCAAGGCUUUUUUUUUCUUUCCUUUACUUUGGCAAAGUGUAGGCCUUCUGUCUGCAAAGAAUCUUACUGAUGCAACUUUGAAUUUCAUCCACCGCAACCCCUUCCUCCCGAAAAAAAAUUCACUAAUUUAAAAUUGCAGAAAAGUAUAUCUCUUAGCGCUGCUCUUGUCUUAGAACGUCAAAUGGACACCAACAUAGGUGUCGUCCAUUAGGAGCAUUUUUAUAUUGGUAUUCAUGCAGCAAACAACAACAUUAAAGAUUCGCUUUGAAAUAAACCGCAUCCACUUCAAUCAUAGCUGUGACCUGAAUUUUCUGAAAAUAGAUCAUUAUGACAAUAAAGCUGAACUACUUA